AUGGCCGAUGUCGAUAUGCCCGAUGCGCCUAGCGCCGCGCCCCUCGCAAAGAAGAAAGGUGCCGACGGCGAGGGCAAGAAACGCUUUGAAGUGAAGAAGGUUGAGCUGCCACGGUGGAAUGCCGUCGCGCUCUGGGCCUGGGACAUUGUCGUCGAUAACUGCGCCAUCUGCCGAAAUCACAUCAUGGAUCUCUGCAUAGAAUGUCAAGCCAACCAGGCAUCUGCCACAAGCGAAGAAUGCACUGUUGCGUGGGGCAUUUGCAAUGUGAGACCAUACUUCUCAGCCCUGACGAAAGCGGAGGUUGCUGGUUGCUAA